CGGAAAGUUGUGCUCCUGUGUAAUAAACAUUGACAGUUAAUAUCGGCACGCAAGCAAUAGUUUCAGUAUGAGAUCAUGUGAAGAAAGAGAAUCGAGGUAAUUAAUGAAACGCGUAAGAAUCUCGUAGUAAAAGAACUCGAGAAUAAAUGGGCUGAAUUUAAAGAUCCUCCAACCAUUGGAAACUUUUAUUCCCAAAGUUGCGAGACUUUGAGUCGUGAAAGUAUGAAGAGUCAAAUUCUGAUGUUCAGGAAAUUCAACAUUCGAGAGUUUUGAAACCUUUAAACACUGGACACCUGAAACUUCUUUGAUUUUUAAACUCUGGAAGCUGAAGUUGAAAAUAUUUGGAUGUAGGAAAUCCUGAAUGCAUUUUAUCUGGAACCACAUUCCACAUCUGCAUAUUGAAGAUUCAUUCCUCUUCACUUGCGGAAAAUACUUCACGUCUGAGGAUCUAUCGGUUCAUUUCUCGUGGGAAGAUCAGUCUACAUUCGAAAGAACUUUCGGUACUCGUUCUUUUUCACUCAAGAAAAAGAUUCUAUAUCUCGUACGACUUGCGCCUUUAUCAAUUCUUCUUCGUUUACAAGAAAGUCGACAAUCUUGCGAUAACUUCAUCUUCAUUCGAAAGAAUCUUUCUACGUCCGACGGUCUGUGAAUCUCAUGGACCAUUUGAUCUAGACAUCAUUAUCAUCAUCAUCGUCAUUCCUUUAAAUGUCUGCGAAGAAGACAAGAAGACCGUCGUCGCCGCGACGUUUCUUUGCGCGGCUCUAUGGUCACUUAGAAGCGACUAAGAAGACGGAAGACGACGAGGACGAGGAUCGCGUACGGAAGAGUCUGGACUCAUCGCCGGAAAUCACGGAAGAAGCACCGCACGUGCUUCCUGGCGCGCCUGGCACGCAUGAAACAUUACAUGCGUCGCAUUCCAAAGAUCUCGAGGAUGUGUCAGAAGAUAUAGCACGGGGUAAAACAUCCGAGGAGAAAGGAGCGGAGAAGGAUUCAAUGCUCGCGGGUAUAAGACUGCCCUUCUUGCACGGAUUUUUCCCGAGGCCACCCGGUCACCCUUUGCACCUGACGCAGCUCGCACAUCCGCCCGCGUUGCCGCCGCAUCUUCAUGGCCUGCCAAACCAUCAUCCCAUAGCCGAACACCACUUUCAAGGAUUCUCAGCUUUUCUGGCGCGCAGAAGAAGAAAAGAAGGUCGCCCGCGAAGACAGAGGACGACUUUUAGUGGCGAGCAGACCCUGAGGUUGGAAGUCGAGUAUCGGCGUGGAGAAUACAUCUCAAGAGGCCGCAGAUUCGAGCUCGCAGCAUCUCUGAGACUCACCGAGACGCAAAUCAAGAUCUGGUUCCAGAACAGGCGCGCCAAGGACAAGAGAAUUGAGAAGGCACAGCUGGAUCAGCAAUACCGGAACUUUGCCGUUUCGAAUGGCUUGGUGAACCUGCCACUUUACAACGCGGCGGGAUUCUGCGGCCUGUGUCUGUAUAAGGAUACCUAUGGUUUGGCAACUAAUCACUCCUGCGUUUCCGGUAAUCCCAUCGUCGCCGACUCGUCCUUGAAGGAUCAGCCACACUACAGCAGUAGCGGAAGCGAAACGUCGGACAAUCCGCCGAAUCUUGUGUCCACGAUGUAAUUAAAUUUAAUGCAAUCGCUAUUGAUUAUUUAAUGUGUCGAAGUUAAAUUAGACGUAUAAAUAUACAAGAGAGAGAAAGAGAGAGAGAGAGUUGAAACGAUUUUUCGUGAUAGCCUUCAGCAGGGAGAAGCACAUAUUAUGAUCAAAAUUUUUAUAAAGGAUAUAAAAGUAGCAGCUGCAAGAAUCAGCUCCCUAUAUAUUGAUUUUUACAAAAAAAAAAAAAAAUAAUACCGAAUAAAAUCAAAAGACGAAUUUUAAAACAAGAAAUUUUCAGAAUCCAAGAUAUGAAAAAAAUUUGCUCAGAUUCAUUAAAAAUUCUUGAAUCCGAUAUUAUUGAUUUAAAUAAAAUUAACUUAUUAAGUUAUUAUGUACAUUUAAGAAUCCCCCUUGCUUCUUAUUUUUAAACAUGCUAAACGCAUAAGAUCGAUUUGAUAAACGGUUAAAAAAUGUAACAAAUAUCGCAGAUGCAAUCGAUCAAAUUACCAUUAAUUUUAGUAAUUAUAGAGUUGCAUGUAUAUUUCGGGAGUUUGGGGAGAAUGAAACGAUCUUAUAGUCUAGAAAAGAAAUUUAUUAAAACGUAUAAAAAUAGUUAUAAUCUAAAUACAUAGAACAAUAGAUCCUCAGAUCGAUAUCUGAUUUUUAGGAUCUUUAUGACCUUUGCCUGUCCAAAAGUCUUUCAACUCCUUGGAUCUGUAAAUGUAAGAGCUUUUAGGCUCUGAAAAAAUUAGAUUUCAACCUGAAAUCUAUAAAGUCACGGAGAAUCUCAAGAUGCUUUCAAUCAAAACUUCUGAUUAAUCUCUGAAUUUGCUAAUGAGAAUCUCGAUAUCAAAAAUAUAUUUUUCGUGUUUCAGUUUCCACGAGAAAAAAAGAUAAUAUUUUUAUUUCGGAAUGUAAAACUUUAGAAUCUCUAUUUCUUCAAUUUGUGAAAAUUCUUGAUCUUUAGAGAAACUCUUGUUAUCACAUCUUUGAUGCAAAAAGAUAUUUCAAUUUUUAUAGAACUUUUAAGUUAUUUUUAAUUGCCCAGUUUCUGAAUUAUUACUAUGAUUUUAUGACUCGUUGAUUCUCAAAAACGUAUGAAAAAUUUCUUACUCUGUAAGUUGUUUGGCAAUUUUAUUUCUUACAUCUUGAGAAUUCCUGUGUUCGAAUAGCACAAAUUAAAUCUCAUUAUACUUUCGAAGUAUUUGUUAGAGCAUAUUGCUAGGUAAGGAAAUAAAUUGUCACUUAAACUUACCUCGGCCGGAGGGCAACCAUGGAGAGUUGGCGGUAGAGGCACGCUGUUCUCUUCAAGUACCGGUCCAAACGGUAAACCAGAAAUUAAUGAAAACGAAAGACAACAAUUAAUACAGUGAAAGUAAAAGAAAAUCUCAGUAACAAACAUCCUGCCUGCUCUAAGCAAGAGAACUCAAAUUAAUUAAGUGAGAAUGAACCGUUUAUUGUUUUUAUCAUUGUCCUUCUCACGUCUUGCCUAGACUUUUUCAACUUGUUAAAUUUUAUGAAAUCUUUUCUCUUCUAACAAGACAUUUAUACAAUUUUUAUUGCCUUUUAAUUUCUCUUAUUGCCAUAUUAUAAAGUCUUCUAGAAUCUCGAGUUCUUAUGCAAAACACCUUAAACACCACAAUCAACCUUCCAAAAAUUUUAAAUGACAAAGCUUUUUAAACCUAGGAUACCUGCUAGUAAACAGCUUCCGUUGCUAGACAACAUUUUCUUUUAAGUUUCAGUACUCUUCUGCCCAAGCUGCGAUAUACUUUGCCUGAUUGAAUUUUGUGUUAAAGAUAUCUAAAAGUAUUUGAUGCCGAAGAUCCUCCAAGCGUAUAUUUAACACUAUAUCUCUAGAUUCUCGAACAUGAUACACAACGGAAAAGCAUGUGUCUCUUGAAGACGAUACUUUUGCACAGAGACUCUCGUGUGCAUUAGUGAAGAUGUAAAAAAAAUUAUAUGAAAAAAAAAAAAAUAAAAAUGUAUAUUAAGACAGCAACGAUGCAACAGCGGUACAAACGAAAGUGUGCUUCCCGUUAUGUCUAAAGCUCUUUCUGCGAAAGACAGGUGAACCGAAUGGGGUUGGCAGAAAUCUACUACGACAAGAAUAUAUCUAAUCUUCGAUAAAGUGAUGUAUGCAUAAUUUGAAGCGAAAAAUAUCACGACAUCGUAUACAAUAUCGUACAAUAUUUGUCGCUUAAUAUUACACUCUGAUUCUGGAAAUUAUCACACGCAAAUAUUAAAAACUCAAUUCGGAUCUUGCUUCGAAUAUUGAUUCCUGCCGAUUCCUUCUGAUUCAUCAAGCUUCCACAAGCUCUCUAUGAACAACAACACUCUGGUAUAGCAAUUGACUGGUAUAGAGUUACACAGGGUGCAACUUAAUCGCCGAAGGACACUGUAAAACAAUACUGUAAUAUCAUGCACACACACUUGUUGCCAUUCAGCACCCUAUAUAUAUAUAUAUAUGUAUGUAUAGAUAUAUUUAUAUGUAUUAUAUAUAGAUAUGUCUAAGCACAAAUGAGAGUGACGAAACAUUCCUACCUGUAGUUGCAAAACAGAAGCUAGAGCAAGAAGCCUAGCAAACACUAGUCCUGUCUGUCGUAGCCUGAGAAUCCUUUCUCUUUUUUUUUUGUUCUCUCUUUCUCUUUUCCCUUCUGCUACCUGCCUGCCUUCUAGCCUCUUCCUGGCUUUUAAGCUGCUAAUCUUCGUCACUAAACUUUGGAUCCAAACUGUACUAGGCUAACUAUAGGACGCUAUUCUAGCACCUUCAAUGCCGCUCUAAGUUGUCAUCUACAGUUCUAAGAGAUAAAGAGCAGAGGACUUGAAGAAACGUUCCGGGUUAGGACUUUCCUCGGGAAGUGAUAGGUUUUCAAAGAGCUUGCGAGUUUUUUUGUCAAAUCUUCCGCGAUGAAAAAACUACGGAAGACUAAACUCGAGAUUUUCUGUAUCAAUGAUUUAAUGCUGCGGGCAUAUAAUUAUAUUGGAUAGAGGACAUCGGCAACACUUUCCAAUUCACUGACUAUAAUAAUACAUCCAUUUCUAUAUUGUUCUUGUUGUACAUCUGCAAGUUUCUACUUUUGCAUAUACGGGGUGAAACCCAUUUUACGUCACUCCUUUGAAUAUGUUUCUCGUGUAACUUUUAUGAUAUUAUAUUACACAUUGUAUACUUUUACUUUAUUGACAGAAACGUAAAAACACGGAAGUUACACGAAAAAGAUAUUCUAGGUGGUGACGUUGGGUUGGUCCAUCCGGUAUACUUGAUCCUAUCGUUAGCUUUCGAUUUAAACUUACAACCUAUCAACUUUACAUCACGAAAUUAAGACAAUGCACAACAAAGGUUUCUGGUCAAUUUUAUUUUGUCGACUAACUCUUAAACACUUAUACAGCUUUAUAGAAUCAUUGAUCUAUCCUAAUUAGUUAUCUCAUGAAUGAUUUUUUUAUCGCCAUACACGCACACACAUUUUCUCUCCCUGUCUCUUAUCCUUCCUAAUGUAAUAAUCUUCCUAUGUAUAAAGUCUUCUUCCCUGCCUGGUCAAUAUUUAUGUGCAAGUUCUUGCGAAGAACGUACAAGUACAUUUUGGAAAUAGUGACAGUUUUUACGAUAAGAGGAUAUAAGCGAU